UGUUUAAAUGCAAACUUUAUUCACUUUUUUUUGGGGUGGGGGGCAAUUCUAGACUUUUCCAAGAUUGGGGAGGUCCGGACUCACCCCCAUCCCCCGCCAGCCCUCUGGGAUUUACGCCUAUGGGUGAGCCGGAAAAGCAACGUUUCUUUUCUUGAAAUCAAACAUCAAGUAAAGUCCGUUUAGCGUUUCCACCACUGUUCAGUUCUUUCCGAAGAUUUCUUGGUUCCUACUUUCUAACAGAUGAGAAAUCUUUGUGAUCGUUAUCAUCUCUGUGCAGCAAAAGGCAAGAGCUGACAAGUCAGGUGGCUGAGAAAGGGGGAAAAGCUAGAUUUGGCUUCUGGAGUGACUCACUUGUUUUCUUUGGAAGAAAUUAAACUUCAGAGACUCUCACUGCUAUUCAGAGCUGCAAUGGAGCAGCCAGGAUAUCAAAUGGAUUCUGUGAAGUUCUCCUGUUCCAUCUGUUUGGAUCUACUGAAGGAUCCAGUGACUAUUCCCUGUGGACACAGUUACUGUAUGAACUGCAUUAAAACACACUGGGAUGAAGAAGUUCUGAGGAAAAUCUACAGCUGCCCUCAGUGCAGGAAAGAGUUCAUACCAAAGCCUGCUCUGGAGAAAAACAUCAUGUUAGCUGAUUUAGUGGAGGAUCUGAAGAAGACUGGACUCCAAGCUGCUCCAGCUGAUCACUGCUAUGCUGGACCUGAAGAUGUGGCCUGUGAUGUCUGCACUGGGAGGAAGAUGAAAGCUGUCAAGUCCUGUUUAUCUUGUUCAGCUUCUUAUUGUAAGAAUCAUCUCCAACCUCACUACUGUGAUCCACCAUUACAGAAGCACAAACUGGUGAGCCCGUCCAAGAAUCUCCAACAGAACAUCUGCUCUUGUCAUGAUGAAGUGAUGGAGAUCUUCUGUCGUACUGAUCAGCAGUGUAUCUGUUAUCUCUGCUUAAUGGAUGAACAUAAAGACCAUGAAACAGUCCCAGCUGCAGCAGAAAGAGCUGAGAAGCAGAAGAAGCUCCAGAAGAGUCGGCAACAAAUAAUGCAAAGACUCCUGGAACGAGAGAAAGAUGUGAAGCUGCUUCAACAGGAGGUGGAGGCCAUCAAUGUCUCUGCUGAUAAAGCAGUGGAGGACAGUGAGAAGAUCUUCACUGAGAUGAUCCGUCUCCUCCAGAAAAGAAGCUCUGAUGUGAAGCAGCAGAUCAGAUCCCAGCAGGAAACUGAAGUGAGUCGAGUCAAAGAUGUUCAGGAGAAGCUGGAGCAGGAGAUCACUGAGCUGAAGAGGAAAGACGCUGAGCUGGAGCAGCUCUCACACACAGAGGAUCACAACCAGUUUCUCCUCAACUACCCCUCACUGCCAGCACUCAGUGAGUCUACACACUCAUCCAGCAUCAACAUCCGUCCUCUGAGACACUUUGAGGACGUGGCAGCAGCUGUGUCAGAGCUCAGAAAUAAACUACAGGACAUCCUGAGAGACACAUGGACAAACAUCGAACUGGCAAUUACUGAUGUGGAUGUAUUGUUGUCAGAACCAGAACCAAAGACCAGAGCUGGAUUGUUAAAAUAUUCAACCGAAAUCGCUCUGGAUCCAAAUACAGUAAAUAUAAAUUUGUUAUUAUCUGAGUGGAACAGAAAAGUAAUUGUGGGUGACAUACAGCAUUCUUAUCCUCACCAUCCAGACAGAUUCAAUGACUGUUUUCAGGUUCUGAGCAGAGAGAGUCUGACUGGACGUUGUUAUUGGGAGGUGGAGUGGAAAGGAGGUGUAGUUGAUGUAGCAGUUUCAUACAAAAACAUCAGCAGAGCAGGAUGGUCAAAGGAAUGUUUAUUUGGAUUCAAUGACAAAUCUUGGUCUUUGCGAUGUGACAGAAACAUUUCUGCAUUUUUGCAUAACAACAUUAAAACUCCAGUACCAGGUCCAGUUUCCUCCAGAAUAGGAGUGUACCUGGAUCACAGAGCAGGUAUUCUGUCUUUCUACAGCGUCUCUGAAACCAUGACUCUCCUCCACAGAGUCCAGACCAGAUUCACUCAGCCUCUACAUGCUGGGAUUUGGCUGUUUAAUCAAGGAACUGCUGAGUUUAUCACGGUUAAAUAGAGUAACUGAACAUACAUAACAAAACUUUUUUCUAGUCAAACUAACAGCUCAAAACAGUUUAACACUAAGUAUCCAUGCACCCAAAGUCACACUGAGAAGCUGGAAUUAAAUCCACAAUUUUUCUAAGUUACCUUUAGCUCCAACAUGACAUCUGUUCUAGUCCUGAUGACAUGAUGACAGGGCAAUGCAGUUAAUAUUCAUGAAUUUCAUAUAAAGAUCAUUACACAAAAAUGUUAAAAUGUAAAAACACUUAAGGACAUUCUAAUUGUCAUUUUUAAUUGACUGGACUAUGCAGACACUUAAGGCAAAAAUAUAUACACUUUUAUCUGUAAAUUUGGUGUCAGAACAAUGAGGGCAGGAGUUGUGUAAAUGUUCAUUUUUUUGUCUGUCAUGUCACUGAUUCUUAAGUACACAAAUUGAAUUCUAUCUUUUCCACAAAAAGCACUUCAGUAUCCUUUUUACCAAACACAAAUGCAAGUCAGUGAAUGCAACUGGUCUGCUGAUGUGGGUCAAAACUUCCAGAUUCAUAAGCCACAAUGUGUUUUUGACACACUGCAGUUUUGAACCAUUAGUCUCACACACAGGUGGUGCAGGUAAAUCCCCAGCCUCUGUUGUGCUGGAUAUUUAUUUAAAGGAGGAAAAGGAGUUUUAUCUUUUCACUUUUGCCAAAUAUAUGCUCAUCAUGAAGGAUUGCUAAAAAAAUCACGUCAGCUAACUUAAUUAACUGAAAUUAACUGCAAUGUUUUGUAACUGCAAUGUUUGUAAGAUUGGACUGAAUAUGAAUCGGAAUCCGUUUUGUAACUUGCCUUAAGAUUUGUUGUGAAUCAGUGCUAUUUUAUUAAACUGAAUUAAAUUGA